ACGCCUUUCCUUCCCUCCUUCGCCAACUCCCGGAUUUCAACACCUCGGCCCAUCGAUCCGUAUGCUCACCUAAUGCAUCUACAGAGGUCAAGCUCCUUGACCAGAGCCUUCACCACCGCAAAGCGCUCCGCAUUCUGCGCCUUUUCGAGACCCAACGUUUCCUUGGUCACGAUAAGAAGGCGCACUUCGUCCCACACAAGCUUCGUUACUCCCGGCGUACGGCUACCUUCAUCUCGAAGGAGCUUUUACUCGAGCAGCUGCCUUUCGGUGAGCUUAGGCAUGACAGAUCUCAAGCCCUCUGCGCUCUUCGUAGAGCUCGGCUCCAUCCCUGUGCCAGUUGCAGGACGUUUCGUCGACGAUUCCACUGUGCAAAUUACCUAUUCGGUAGCUGACUAUGCGCGGAAGGUCAAGCGGUCGACGAGCAAGACGAUAUGGCUAGACGGUCUUCAGGCUCGCAGCGUGCCGGUACAGGAUGUUUCGGACGUUCGUCUGAGUGCCGCAUCUCCCUCUGGAGAGCUGGAAGCUGUUCUGCGCGAAACUGCUGACAAGAAGCGCGUAGUCGAGAUCUGGCGUGAGGGGCAGUUGGAAGUCUCCCAUGACGUGACCGACGCUCACGAUGCGUUCUACAAUGACGCGCAAUACGGCACGCUGCAAUUCUCUCCGUCCGAGACUGCAGUGGUUUAUGUAGCCGAAGCAAAGACUCCCAACCAGACGGAUCCGGUGUACAGCAAGUUCGAAUAUACACCUCCUCUCGGCGAGCGGUAUCCGGGACGUAAGCAGCCUGCAGUCUUCAUUCUCCGCUGGGCGGCCCCGCAGGCCGCCGUGGGGAAUCACUGGGAGACUCCGGCGCUACGUUCUCUUGAGUUGAGUAAACUACCCAAGGAAGCGCCUACCCGCUUCGGCCAGGUGCUCUUCUCGCCAUAUGAUGCCGACGAGCGUCAGCUCUACGCCACCGGGUACGACCUGACGCCCGACGGGCGCCUCCUCGGGAUCGUCUUUUGCACCAAUCGUCCCAGUGGGCUCUGGCAGCUCAUCAUCCCUGGUUUGGAGAAGUCAAGUGUAAGCACAGAGGACAAGAAACCUGCGGCUGUCACCGUUGAGUCUGCCUCGCGUCUGACGCCUGCCAAUCUGGCAUGUCGUUCGCCUCGCAUAGACGAGGGGUCCAGACAGCUCUACUAUAUCGCUUGCGCCGUGGGUGGACCGCACGCGUCCACGACAUCCGUUUGGAAGCUGUCUGUACCCUCGUCAACAGCCGACAAGGUCACUCCUGAACUCGUUCUCGACGUCGUCCAUGACCCCUACGCUAACAGCUCACUGGACGACCUCGACGCACCUUUCCCAGGCCUCUAUCCCGAUAUUACUCUUCCCAGGUCCCCUUUCGUCACGAUCAGCGACAAGCUCUACAUCGUCUCGACAACGGCCUGGCGAUCCCGUAACACCAUCGUCCUGAUCUCCGCGGAAGAUGGCACGGUUAAGGACCUGUGUGCUGAAGAGAGUGUUGCUAGCUGGGCCGUGCUCGCGACCGAUGGUGACAGGAAGAUUAUUGGCGUACGCAGUGCACUGUCGAUCCCGUAUGAACUCGCAGUGGGCACCUUGAACGACACGGGAAAGGUAUCCUGGAACGUCAUCGAGCGGCCAGCGCUCAAACCAGCUGUCAAGGACGUCCUUGGUCGGAUCACUACCUCCGUAUUGCGCAUGCCCGGGCAUAAGACGCUUGAGGGCCUAGUUCACUGUGCCUCCUCUGCUGGAAGCAGCGCUCCCCCUCCGGCCAUCCUUGAGCCUCACGGUGGGCCUCAUGCGACCGCUGUACCGGCCUUCAUUCCUCGCACGGCAGUUCUAGUGGCGUCUGGAUAUACGGUCCUGCAGCCCAACUACACCGGCUCACUGGGCUUUGGUGAAGCAGCCGUCCGCGCGCUGCCCGGAAACUGCGGCAAGCUCGACGUCGAGAACAGCAUCGCCACUCUCCGCGAGCUGAUCAAGCAGGGAAAGGCGUCCGACGACCGGCGCAGGCUGUUCUACACUGGCGGCAGCCAUGGCGGCUUUAUCGGCGGGCACGGCGAGUUCAUGAACGUCGUCGGUCAAUACCCGGACCUCUUCGCCGCGAGCAUCCUGCGCAACCCUGUCAUCUCCGCGGGCGAGAUCUCGACGUCAGACAUCCCGGACUGGUAUUUCGCCGAGUUCGGUGUCGAUUAUCCCGUCAUUGAAAGUCAAGGAGCAGGGCGUAAGUGGUUCCCCUUGUUCUUCAUAAGUAUGUUGACACUUGCCUCUGCAGAGCCUCUCAUGACUCCCGAGACUUACGCGCGCCUCCACGCUGCGUCUCCCAUCUCGCACGUUGAGAAAGUACGUACGCCUGUCUUGCUCGCCCUGGGUGACUCAGAUCUCCGGGUGUCGCCCACGAACGGUUUGGGAUACUACCACUCCCUUCGUGCGCAUGCCUACAAGGACGGAGGUUUGGAAGACGCGGAGAAGGGGAGUCGCGUCAGGCUGCUGAUGUUCCCCGGGAUGAACCAUAGUUUGGAUGGGCUGGAGGAGAGCAGGGUGGAGAUUCAGGCGACUUUGGAGUGGCUGGCGAAGUGGGGAUCCAAGCCCUGA